AUGGCCGAUGAUGACAGCAGCACUGGCAGCGCUGUCAGUAGUGAUGGUGGAUGCAGGCCGAUGGACGUGAUGUUCUUGAGGCUGCUGGUGGAAAAGGCCGUGUUGGCCAAGGGCGCCAGUGCGGGAAUCAACAGCAUCAGCACAAGCAAGCGCAGCUUGCCCAGUACUGGCGCUGCGAAACACGACACCGAUCCCAUGGCCAUGUGUCGUGAAGCCAUUCAAGAGUACCUCCGCCACACGGCAAUGAAGCAUUCCUUGCAGCAGCAAAAGGCCUGGAUCCAACCUCCCGUGCUCGGGGAUGUCGAACUGGAUUUCUUUCAGGCUGCCAGGCAAGCGUGGCAUCGCAAGAUCGAUUGCCGCCUCAACUUGAUCAUCACAGAGCAUCACAUGCCACUGACACUGCCAUCAACAUCGCCCAACUCGGCAACGCUGCCAUCGCGCGAGGUCUUCGUUGACAGAACCCGCCCAGAGCCGUUGAAGACGUCCAUGUUUGUCUACGACCAUCAGGACCUGCUGCGUGAGUACCUGGCGCUGCGUAACCCGAACAUGCGGGAGGACGCGUAUGCCCCGCUCGAGUUUGCCGGGCCACGAUUCGCCACGCCGUCCCUUAGUGCCCUCCGAUCCCUCCUGCACGACCUCAACCCUUCCCUUCCACAGGAAGCAAAGAUACGCAUCUCCAGGCGUUGUUGGACACAGUACAACGCCUCACCAAAUCAGCCGAGCCAAGCCACUGCCGCGCCCUUUGUCGGCGGUAAGCACAAGCCUAGCCUACCCAACACCAACCACUGCCUCUGCCCCACCCUCGCCACCCACGCCAUGCCAUACAUCACCAGCGGGUGCCCCGUGGCGCAGCGGGCAACCUUGUGGUAUAUGGCCACGUGCGGCGCGGACCCCAACGACUACGCAUUGAAAUACGACGAGCUGUGGCAUGAGAUUCGGCAGGUGCGUCGCCCCGUGGACCACCUCCUCGCUGCAGACGCAAAGUACCAGACAAACCUCGACGACAACUACUUUGUCUUCUACGACGUCAUCCUCGAAGUGAUGAUCGCGCUGAUUCGGGACCCAGCGCUCAGCUCCGAAUACGGCUGCACCAGCCUGGGAGCAGACGUGGUUCCAAACGGCAUUGUUCCGUUCCGUGGCCUUUGCCUCUUCGUCGCCCCACUCGCAUUUAUCUAUCCGCGAACACCACAGCUGUACCGCGUCUUUGUCAAGCUGUACACGCGGUACUUUCGUCUGCUACACACGCUCAACGAAUAUCCAAACGGUAUUGCCCGUCUCAGUCAAACGUUUCUGGACCUGAUGCAAGUGCGGCUGCCACAUCUCCUCCUUCACCUCAAGGGUCUUGGGGUCAAUCCUCUUGAGAUUGCGUUUCCGUGGAUGUUCCAGGCCUUUUCCGGCUACCUCCUGCCAGAACAGGUGCUGCUGCUGUGGGACCGCAUCAUUGGCUUUGAUACGCUGCAUGUGCUGCCACUGCUCAGCUUUGCGCUGUUUGCGUUCCGCCAGCGCGCGCUCGCUGUUGCGCGCACGAAGAGGGACGUGGAGUUUGUGAUGGCCGAUCUCCGCUCCAUCGCCGUCGUGCCGCUCAUGCAGUACGCCCUCUUCGCUCGCGACAUUGCAACCGCAGCAUAA